AAUUAGGGUUGGAGAUUCAAUGUCAACUACUAAGACUCGCUAGUGCACUUGCGGGGUGUCUCAAUUAAGUUUUGAGGUUUGGAUCGGCUUUCAAACCAUGUGGACGACCGAUUCGAGCCGAUCAAGCCCUUUGUUCCUCACAUCCGCAUUUAAAGUUUCCUGGGCACUUCAAUUCGGAGUCACCACUACAACCAGCAACAGCCAUGUCUACUGGAAGCAUCACAGUCCCAACUCCGAAGAAACGUCGCACUUACGUACGAAAGCUUCAAGACCCCUCAGAAUCUGAAAGUGUACCAGGAAAAUGCCUUUUUCCGACACUUCCGCUCGAGCUCCUCGCAGAAAUAUUGAUCCAAACCAAUUCUCCUCGCGAUGUUUUAUCUGUCGCUCGCACAUCCAAGCUUUUGUGUUUGACACUUGUCUGUAAUCCCGCUGCCGACUUCAUCUGGCGCACCAUUCGCAAGAAUUGCUUGCCUCACCCACUGCCUGAUCCCACCCCAAACUUCAGCGAGGCGGCAUAUGCCGCGUUCGUGUAUGAUGGAGGGCCUUGUGAUGCGUGUAAGGAAGACACAAAAGAAUUCUAUGCGAGCUUUGCUAUACGGUUUCGUUUGUGUCGUAAUCUGCGUUGCAGGAUGGGCAUCAGGAAACAUCUUAUGGAUGUUACCACUAUUUUCAAAGGUCGUGCACGUGAGGAGAUAUGGGUUCCUUACAUGGAGUCCACUCAUUGCUUCGAUCCAAUCCUCGGCAAUGCAUGGCCCGAGAAUCCCACCAUAUUGAUGAAGAAAUCCGAUUGGGAGCGUUUUCGAGCCGAUUAUGCAGCGUUCUCGGCUCUAUCUCCGCCUCCGUCUGAGGCGCUGCAGAAGGCGUGCACUGAUCAAAUCGCGAAAUUUCCCAAGGUCAUGGAGUUAGCAGUUGCGUUACAGAAGUGGAAGAGCGCCUAUGUCACUAUGCACAGCACCAUCAAGACCAAAAACGAACAGUGGGCGAAGGCACUUGCUGCCCAGGAAGGCUGGAAUGGUCCUGAUUUACUUAGCUCUCAAUCCUAUGGUUCAUUGCACAGGCACAAGAAUCAUGUGCUGGAGGAAGUCACGCUACGUGAUUUCCUUCCGAUAAAACCCUUUAUCGAAGCCCAACUUUUGAAAAUGCAAAUACACCGCCAAAAUCAAGAGAACGAAGCAUCUUAUCGCCAGCGUCGCGACGACGUCAAACAAUACUACAAUCGCCUACGGUCCGCUGGAACAGUUGUCCCAUCGCUUUAUGAGUUCCGCAAACUCUCGGUUAUGACGACUAUGCAGGGGAGCGUGACAGGUUCAAGGCCCAAUUCCAGUGGCCUUGCAAAAGACAUGAAGAACUCGGCCCUCGUCGCGGAGCUCGUCGCAGCUGAUUUGAAGAUGUGGAUGGCGUCUGCACGGGAAAAACUAUCCGAAUUACUUGGGUUUCCCAAGUGGAGAAGUGCGAGCAAGACGAAGUUGCAUCCACUGGAUAGGAUCACUGCGCGGUUUAUGUGCCAGGGAUGUGGGAAGGUCGCAAAGCGGUAUGAGAAGGAACGAUGUCUCGAUUUUGCAGGCGUCUGCGCACAUGAAUGUCCUAGUAAUAACAAGAAAGAUAGGAAACAAGUGGAUUGGAGUGUCGAUCGCUUCGUAAAAGAUGACGAGGCAUCAAAUGCAGUUGCACGCCUCCUGACGCUCGUCGGAAUUACCGACGAGGAUACGAACGCAUGCAAUACCGUCAAGAUGCUUGGAGCACGCAUUCGGUGUCUUUCUUGUGAACAUGCAUCCAUCAUCAUGGACUUCCCCACCCUCAUUGGCCACUCGCACCGGCAUGAUAACAUGCAGAUGGUUAUACUACCCGAAGGAGAAGGGUCAGAGUAUCCCUUUGCGGCGGGGUUGUCUGCGAGACUUAUGAACAUGGGUUCUAAGCCACAGAAGUUGAGGAGUGAGGUGAAUUAUCGGUGCCGUCAUUGCAUUCCAGCCAGCAAAUCAGCAGAUGCUGGCACAGAUGGGGAGGGGCAGGUCUCCGCUGGGGAAUCUAUUGCGAAGGAGUCACACACGGAGGACUCACAAACUGAGGACUCACAAACGGGGAACCAGAAUGGCCGCCAGAGAAUCAGGAAGAACAAACUCAGGUCGAUGAACUUCAACGCGCUUCGCUCGCAUUUGAAGGAAGUACACAGAAUAGAGAUGGUGAGCGACGAGGAUUUCUUCGUUCAAACUCCCGCGAAGUAGCAAAACUAAGAAGCCCAAACGAGGGGCGAUCUGUAUCAUAUCUAUUCAUUCUUUGCUUCAAUCUAUCUGGUGUACUAUGAUGAAUUAAUUGGCUAGAAAGUCAUUUACCCAAUCAA